CCCAGCGCAGCGCCCCCGGCCCCCGGCCCCGCCCGGCACCCGCCAUGGCGCAGACGCUGCAGAUGGAGAUCCCCAACUUCGGGAACAGCAUCCUGGAGUGCCUGAACGAGCAGCGCCUGCAGGGGCUCUUCUGCGACGUCUCGGUGGUGGUGAAGGGCCACGCGUUCAAGGCGCACCGCGCCGUGCUGGCCGCCAGCAGCUCCUACUUCCGAGACCUGUUCCACAGCUCCAAGAGCGCCGUGGUGGAGCUGCCGGCUGCCGUGCAGCCCCAGAGCUUCCAGCAGAUCCUCAGCUUCUGCUACACCGGCAGGCUCAGCAUGAACGUGGGGGACCAGUUCCUGCUGAUGUACACAGCGGGCUUCCUGCAGAUCCAGGAGAUCAUGGAGAAGGGCACCGAGUUCUUCCUCAAGGUGAGCUCCCCGAGCUGCGACUCGCAGGGGCUGCACGGCGACGACACGCCGGGCUCGGAGCCGCAGAGCCCGGUGGCGCAGACCUCGGCGGCGCAGGGCUGGCCGGCCGCGCUGCCGCUGGUGUCGCGGGUCAAGACGGAGCAGGGCGAGCCCGACGGCGUGCAGUGCACCUUUGUGGUCAAGCGCCUCUGGGACGGCGCCGCCAAGGACUCCUCCUCCUCCUCUUCCUCCUCGGCCGGCGGCAACAACGGCAGCAGGAAAAUGGCCAAGUUCUCCGAGGCGGCGCCGCGCCAGAGCGCGCCCGGCGCCGCUGCCGGUGCCGGCGGCGGCGCCACCCCGGUGCCGGUGCCGGCCCCGGUGCCCGGCACGGCUGCGGACCAGACCAGCCCCGGGGGCACGUCCAGCGCCUACACCAGCGACAGCCCCGGCUCCUUCCACAACGAGGAGGACGAGGAGGAGGACGCGGGCGAGGAAGGCUCGGACGAGCAGUACCGGCAGAUCUGUAACAUGUACACCAUGUACAGCAUGAUGAACGUGGGGCCUGCAGCGGCAGAGAAGGUGGAGGCCCUGCCCGAGCAGCCCCCCCCGGAGCCCCGGGCCCGCGCCCGCCUGCGCCAGGACCUGGCAUCGCUGCCGGCCGAGCUCGUCACCCAGAUCGGGAACCGCUGCCACCCCAAGCUCUACGACGAGGGCGACCCCGCCGAGAAACUGGAGCUGGUCACCGGUACCAACGUGUACAUCACGCGGGCCCAGCUGAUGAACUGCCACGUCAGCGCGGGCACGCGGCACAAGGUGCUGCUGCGCCGCCUGCUCGCCUCCUUCUUCGACAGGAACACGCUGGCCAACAGCUGCGGGACGGGGAUCCGCUCGUCCACCAACGACCCCAGCAGGAAACCGCUGGACAGCCGGGUGCUGCACGCUGUCAAAUUUUACUGCCAGAACUUCGCGCCCAACUUCAAGGAGAGCGAGAUGAACGCCAUCGCGGCCGACAUGUGCACGAACGCGCGGCGCGUGGUGCGCAAGAGCUGGAUCCCCAAGCUGAAGCUGCUCAUGGCCGAGGGCGACUCCUACACCUCCUUCAUCAACGACACGGGCAAGCUGGAGCCCGAGCUCAUGGGCCCCGAGCCGCCCUUCGAGGCGGGGGGGCCCGAGCCCGAGGGGGGGCCCGCGGGGGAGGGGCUGCAGUGA